GUAUUGACCAGUAUUGUGUAGGGGUUAACGGAAAUGUUGUUGGUCUAAUAUUGAUGAUAGUGAUAGUGAUUGCGAAGCGAAGGGUCGGUAGGGCAAUAGCCGGAUUGGCUUUGUUGUUGAGGUUGUUGCAGUUGAGCGUAUCGAAUAUGGGCGAGGGUGUGGUAAGCGGUGGUGAGCAGGUGAAAACAAUUAAGUACAUAAUCGGGGUUAGUGGAGGAAGGUAGGCGGUGUAGUACGCUUAGUAUUCCGGAUGUUAGCCUGAACUUAAGGACAAGGAUAUUUUAAUAUGGCACAACAAGGUGCCGCCCUCCAGACUUAUAACUUGGAACUUAUUAAAGGUAUUGAAGAUAUGAAGAGGAAGCGCAGUGAACUGCAGCAACUGAUUGAUGAACAGGAAGAUGAAAAGAUUACACUGCAAAGAGAGAUCGAGAAGAUGUCAUUCAGACUGGCCCAGAUUAAUGCCAGUCUGUCCCAGAUGACAGCUGCAAGAAGUAAAUAUGAUCAUACGAUUGCCGAGACAGAAGCUGCAUAUACGAAGAUUCUUGAGAGCUCACAAGUUUUGUUGAACAUGGUGCGAACAGAAGCAUCCUGCUUGGAGCAGAUAUUGGCCAAGAAAAUAAAUGUAGAUGAAUCUCAUUCUUUAGAAAAUGGAAUUUGCACGUGAUUCCUGAGGAAGUGUCUUAAGAGUGACUUUCCAAUUGUAAUAUUGUAAACACAGUGGUGUGUUCACAGCUCUCUGAUGGAAGGAUGACUACUCCCUGAUAGGACUCAUACUUUGAUGUACUGAGUAGUUCACUAUAGUAUAAUAUAUCCUUGUGUGUUCCUCAUUUCCAUUUUUGUGUGUUGUGCUUAUUGUGCCUUGGCUUAUUUUAUGUUGUAAUGAUCAGGAUCAAAGAAAGACAAUGUUUUUAUCAGUGUACCCAUUCAGAAAUAUUCUUGUGUAUAUGUUUAAUUGUGUAAAUAAAUUUCAUAUGAUCCUUAUAUUUUGAGGUAGGAAAACUCAGUUGGUAUACACAUAUUGACCAGGCUGUGAGCUAGAUGACCAAGGAAAUGGGGUUUGGUUCCUGGCAGGAGCAAAAAUUUUUCUCUUCUCUAGUGUUCAGAUCAGCUCUGGUGCCCACCCAUUCAUUGGGUACUGGCGACUUCUCCUGGAGGGUAACACGGCUGGGACAUGAAACUGGCUGCUCACCUCCAUCUAAUGCCGAGAUUAAGAACGUGUGGAGCUAUAUCUCCCACUCCCCUUCCCCCCUUCAGUAUCUUGUCAGGUGUGUGUAAAUUUUGGGCAUUAAUGUAAAUGUGAGUAUACUUGACUUUGAAUCGAGAGGUUUGUAACAAGGUAAAUAAUUAUAAUAAUUAAAGUAGCAACCACAAUUAUGACACUGUCAAAAACUGUCAUAUUUUUAGAAAUUCAUUCAUAAGUACAUCUUUCUGACAUGGUGCUUAAUUAGGCAGAGAGAGACACAUUAACCUUGUACUUUAUAUUUGCUUUGCAUGUUAUAUGAUCUUGAUUUAAUGUGCUUGAACUUUCAACAUGCACAACAGUUUUCUAAAUUUUCAUGUUCUCUGCAAGUUUAUGGAGUCUUGUUGAUAUAAAGAUUGUUUAAAAUAGCCAGGAAGUUUGGGGAAAGGGGACUGGAAAAAUAUUGUGAUCUUUCUUGAUUGAUGGAUUUCAUAUUCUAUUAUGAUUUGUUAGGAGAUACUGAGGAAAACCACAAACAUCUAAGGACAACUAGCAGCAUGGUUGAGAUUUUAGCAUGGUACUUUCUGGAAUAAGUAAGGUUAAGUUGUCCCUGUGCUUAACUAAUUAAGCAUUAUACCAUGAAGGCAUAUGGGGGAGUGAAUGUAUAG